AUUCUGUUUCGCCUUAGGGAUGAUAUUGUCUUUAAAGAUCCACUCAACAAUUUUGUCGGUAUCGAAAACUACAAGUCAAUCUUUUGGGCAUUGAGAUUUCAUGGAAGGAUAUUUUUUAGGGCCGUGUCGGUUGACAUCAUAAGUGUGUGGCAGCCUGUGGAAAACGUGAUAAUGAUUCGCUGGAGUGUUCACGGUAUCCUACGGGUUCCGUGGGAGAGCCGAGGGCGAUUUGAUGGUAUCUCAGAAUACAAGCUUGAUAAAAAUGGGAAAAUCUACGAGCACCUGGUUCACAACAUUGCCUUAAAUGGACCACAAAAGUUUCAAGUGCUCUCUGUGGAGCACUUAAUUCAGUCAAUAGGCUGCCCUUCAACUCCAAAGCCAACUUAUUUUGAGUUCUCGUCCUCUUCCACAAGGAGCAUUGUUCCAUCACAUGACCUUUCAGGGAUUAAGCAUUACUUGGCUUCUUUCCUAAUCAAUUUUCAAGAACCCGAGGCUGAAUGAUGACGGAGAACAUAGAGUUCGUUUGUAAUUAUGAAGUUUUGUUCAGUAUAGCUAUAUAUAACAUCACUUUCACACCCUAUAUCUUGAUUGGAAUACUGGAACCUGGUCUUCACAAACUCCUAAAGUCGACGUUGCUUGGUAAUGCAGGGGCAUAUGCACCGGCAAUCUUGAACUGCUUAGUUUGAAGUUUAAACACUGGGAAUUUUGAAUUGUAUGAAAUCUGUAUGGUCUCAUACUCUGGCUUAAGAACUUGAUCAUUUACUGUGUAUAAGGUAAAUUUUCUGUAUAGCAAAUUAGCUGAGUACACAUAUUUUCUACUGUUGUAGUAAAUUAAUAUAUUCGAUCCGAGCAUUGGGGUA